AUGCCUAGCGACAAGAUUGUCUUUUUGACUAACUGGCAAGCCGUGCCUUACCAUCUUCCUGUCUAUCGCGCCCAGUCUCAGGGCUACUUUGCCGACGAGGGCAUCAAAGUCGCCAUUAUCGAGCCCAACGACCCCAGCGAUGUCACUGAAAUCAUCGGCACUGGCAAAGCCGACAUGGGUCUGAAGGCCAUGAUCCACACUCUUGCUGCCAAGGGUAUGCGUGGCUACCCCGUCACCUCCAUUGGAACGCUUAUGGACGAGCCUGCUACAGGCAUCAUUUAUCUCGAGGGUAGCGGUAUUACCACCGACUUCCAGAGUCUUCGUGGCAAGCGCAUCGGCUACGUCGGCGAAUUUGGCAAGAUCCAGAUCGACGAACUUACCAGCCACUUCGGCAUGAAGCCAGAAGAUUACACCGCUGUGCGAGUUGGCAUGAACGCAACCGAAGCCAUCAUUGAUGGCCGCGUCGACGCCGCCAUCGGCCUCGAGAACGUGCAGAUGGUCGAGCUCGAAGCCUGGUGCGAGCAACAGGGUCGACCCAAGACCGAUGUCAAGAUGCUCCGCAUCGAUGAGCUUGCCGAGCUCGGAUGCUGCUGCUUCUGCUCCAUCCUCUACAUCGCCAACGACAGCUUUGUCAAGCAGAACCCCGACAAAGUACGAGCCUUCAUGCGCUCGGUCAAGCGUGCCGCCGACGACCUCUUCGCCCAGCCUCAGCAGGCUUGGGAAGACUUCAAGCGCUUCAAAAAGAGCAUGCAGAGUCCUAUCUAUGCUCGCAUCUUUGAGCGCUCCUUCGCCUACAUGUCGCGCGACUGUGCCAAUGUGCCCCGCGACUGGACGAAGGUAACCAACUACUGCAAGCGUCUCGGCAUCAUCGACUCCACUUUCGAGCCCAACAUGACCAAUAGCUUCCUCAGUUGGGACGUUGAUGCUCAGGACAAUGUCGAUCCUGAUGGUAAGCAGAAGGAGAUUGCUGAGUACCAGGUCAAAGAGGCGCACAAGCUGCUUGCCUCUGCCACCCCUCGUGCUCUGCCUAGCUUCGGAUGCAAGCAUGCAUGCGCCAACCCCAAGGCUGUCCAGGCUUCGGCCUAA